AUGGCCGAUGUGCCUUUUCAAGACAAUUCACAUGGGACAAUACCAUUUGGCCAAUACGGCCACACCGUUGCUCGCUUUCAACCACCUCCCGAUCUAGUGGAACCGCCUCCUUCUCCUCCUCCACCACCACCACCACCGCCACCGCCACCGCCAACAACAACACAAACUACACAGCCGUCUUCCAACUCAACACCAGCGCCUCCACAGAUCAACGUCCCGGAAUCAACAGAGACAUCGACUGUGGCUUUGGUGGGGAAGAAGAAGGGUCAAGCAACCGUCAAGAAGACGCCUAAACGCCCAAAAGGUGCCUCGAAGGGAGGAAGGAAACCCAAACCCAAGAAGAAGCAAGGCACGUCGGCCACUUCUUCCACUCUGAAGGAAGCGGCAGAUGAGGCCCCGUCACCAAGCGGCUCUGAGGACGAAGAGGGAUCGGAUAACGGGCCUUACUGCAUCUGUCGCGGACCCGACGACCACCGAUUCAUGAUAGGAUGCGACGUCUGCGAAGACUGGUUCCAUGGGGAGUGCGUCAACAUUGCAAAGAACAUCGGCGAGAAUCUCAUAGAGCGUUUUGUCUGUCCCAACUGUACAGACACGAGCCGCAACGUCCAGACCCUGUUCAAGAAGACGUGCUCCUACCGCAACUGCGUGAAGCCCGCCCGCCUCUACGGAGCUCCCGACAGCAGGAGCGUCUUUUGUUCGGAUGAACACCGCCAGCUCUGGUGGGAGAAGAUGAUUUCCGCCUUGCCGAAGAAGAGCUCCGAAAAGGCGUUUAUGCGGGACGCGCUUACGCAGGAGGAGUUCACGGCCCUUCUCAGUAGCGACCUCAUCCAAGUGGACGAAAAGGAGGGAACCUGGAAGGUCACUAGCCGUCCGUUUCACCCGCCUCAAUCUGAAGACGAGUCCUUCGAGGCCAAUACCUCUCUCCCUCCCGGUCUUCUGGCCGCCGAAGAAGAGCAUCUCAUCCAGACAUCGGCCGCAGAGCGGUACAAGAUGGGUGAAGAGAUCGUACUCUGCCAAAAGAUGCUUCAACUCCUCGACAUGGCGUCGGAACAUCGCAAGGAGCUCAUCCAGGCCAAGAAAUUUGACGACUCGGCCUGCGGUUACGAUUUUCGCCUCGACACCGUGGGCGUCCAGGCUCCCUUUGCGCACUGGCUCGGCUCUGACGAGGGCAGGGAGGUGUUCCGGACCGGGACGCUCGCCCACGGCAUCGUCCUUGCGGGCGACGACAAGAACAUAUGCGACAAGAAGAGGUGCAAGCCGCACCAGGGCUGGUUUUCGAUCCACAGUAGAGAUGUGCGGUAUCAGAUGAAGCUCCUGGCGGCGGAGGCGCAGAAGCAGCUGAACAGGGAGAGGGAGAUUCGGGAAGCCGCUUUGGAGAGGAAGUUGCGGAAUGCUCGUGAGGGGAAUCGAGUCUUGUAUCAUGACCAAGCGGCUACUCUUAUUGAAUCAUGA